AUGAAAAAUCCAGUCUUGGCUGUAUUGUCAUUUCUUUGGGACAAAUUUCUAAUCUUUAUCAAACUGAAAUCAAAUGGUGCUCCUGUAACUGCCAAAAAUGACAACAUGUAUUAUGACACAACUCUCUUUAAAAGAGGUGAUCUCUUGGAAGUUCCGAGGACUCUCUUUAUUCAUUUUGGUAUCUACCUUGGAGACAAUCGGGUUGCACAUUUGAUACCAGAUAUUCUUCCAGUUUUGUCUUGUAACAAAACUUGUAUUCAGAAAAUGGUGACGAACAAAAGGCUCAUAGCUGGGGUGCUGGCUAAGGUAGCUAGUGUAAGGAUGGACAAUGUGCAGGAUUUUGCUUAUGGCGGGAACAUAAUAAUCAACCACAUGGACCGAAAUGUCCCAAAUAAAGCGCUUUCUGGUGAAGAAGUGGCUCAAAGGGCAGAGAAACUUAUUGGAACUACAUCUUACAGCCUGCUGUGGGACAACUGUGAGCACUUUGUCACCAACUGCAGAUACGGUACACCUAUCAGCAUCCAAACAGACAAGGUAAAUGCCUAA